AUGGCUGCCUUCACCACCAAAUACGCCGAUGAGCUUAUCGCUAACGCUGCCUACAUUGGCACACCUGGAAAGGGUAUCCUCGCAGCUGAUGAAGCAACGGAUACCAUUGGAAAGCGUUUCUCUAGCGUCAACGUCGAAAACGUUGAGUCUAACAGACGUGCUCUACGUGAGCUUCUCUUCACUACUCCCGGUGCACUUCCUUGCCUCAGCGGUGUCAUCCUCGUUGAAGAAACUCUCUACCAAAAGAGCUCUAAUGGGACGCCUUUUGUGGACAUUUUGAAGGAAGGUGGAGUCUUGCCUGGUAUUAAGCUAGCCGGAACCAACGGUGAGACCAUCACACAAGGUCUUGAUGGACUCGGUGAGCGUUGCAAGAAGUACUACGAGGCUGGUGCUCGUUUUGCUAAGUGGCAUGCACUCCUUAAGAUUGGCCCAAACGAGCCAUCAGAGUUAGCCAUCCACGAGAACGCUUAUGGAUUGGCUAGAUACGCGGCCAUUUGUCAGGAGAACGGUCUUGUACCAAUUGUGGAGCCUGAUAUUAGUGUUGAUGGGUCUCACGAUAUCCACAAGUGUGCAGCGGUGACAGAGCGUUUCCUUGCAGUUUGCUACAAAGCUCUAAGCGAUCACCAUGUCUUGCUCGAAGGAACGCUUCUGAAACCAAACAUGGUGACUCCAGGUUCAGAGAGUGCUAAGGUUGCACCAGAGGUCAUUGCGGAGUACACUGUCCGUGCCCUUCAGAGAACCGUGCCAGCAGCUGUUCCAGCCAUACUGUUCUUGUCGGGAGGACAGAGUGAGGAAGAGGCGACAAGAAACCUGAAUGCGAUGAACCAGCUGAAGACAAAGAAGCCUUGGUCUCUCUCGUUUUGCUUUGGUAGGGCGUUGCAGCAGAGCGCGCUUAAGACUUGGGGAGGGAAAGAGGAGAAUGUGAAGAAGGCGCAGGAGGCGUUUUUGGUUAGGUGUAAGGCUAACUCUGAGGCCACACUUGGUGCUUACAAAGGUGAUGGUGCAGCAGAAAGCGUUGACGUUAAGGAUUACUAGUACUGAAGGAUGUGAGUCCAAGGAUCCGUAAAUUUUCAUAUCAUCUUUUGUGUUUGUGUUUUUUUCCUAAAAAUCCCCAAUAUAUAUCUUUUCAGUGUUAUUUGUGUGUUAUGUUUUGUUUUGAAGAGUGGCAAAAUCAAAGACCCUUGAUAAACUUUAUUCUGAGGUGUGUUGUUUCUUGUGAAACAUUUUAUUAAAUGAAUAUGUUGUUGGGAUUUGAAAGCA